GAAGAAACCACCGCGGACCAGCAGCUCUGGGAGUGUGUCUGGGAGGGACACUGGUGCCACUGGUUCCGCUCCCAGUCCCACAAAGUUGGUGAGGUUGGAUUAUUCUGAGGUCGGAGCGAGAGGAGGAUGUUUCCUGUUACUGCGAGGGCAGCCUCAGAGAAGGGAAGCGGGAUUAUUUGGAUUUCUGACUGUGAUGUUCCGGGAAAACUUUGAUUGGACGAUGUUUUCGCUGCUGCUGGAAACGUCCCCAUGUAUGAAGUAUACGUUUUUACUCUUGUAGGCCAUCUCGUCUUUUUCACUGCCUCCAAUAUUUAUACCUAGGCUGGUAAUUAGCAUAAUCGUGCAUUGCUGCUCAUUUCAGCGAAAUGAAGGACAACACGGACUCCGGAUUACCACCCAGACGCAGAUUUUUGGCUGUUUAUGAAUGCAGCUGUAAUCACCCAGGGGAGCCUCAAGUGCUUAAAUGGGUCCAUCAUGAGAAAGAGACAAUCAAGCUCCUUUAUGCCUCAAAAUCAGCUGCAGUUUCUGCACAUUGUCUGUUAUGAAUAGAGCGAUCUCCAAUUGAGCCUCUUCACUUUGGAGAUUUUUCGAUUUUCGAUUAUACAGCCAUUGAAAUUAGGAUGCGCCGCUUUUUCUCUCUUAGCUUGGUGGCUCGGUUGCCUUUUCUUGAUUGACAGAUGAAAUUGACACUCGGGUUGUCUCUUAUCAAGCGAAGCGUUUCAAUCCACUGCUAAUUGCGCAUACAGUGCCGUCCUUUCUUUUCACUGCGUUUGAUUGCAUUGGAAUACAGCCUCCUAAUGCGCCCAAGAGGAAUGAUCGAUCACAUAUAGUUUUUUCCCCUUCUAAUUGCAUCAAAAUUUCUUUUGUUGCCAGGGUUUAAAUGCAGGAGAAACUGUUAUUCGUUGUUUUGGACCGGAUAUAGUGUGGGUUGGGGCAGAGAUGCGUAAUGCGCAGAGCGAGCUCCAUCUUCUCUCCAAAUAGGCAGCGUUCAAGACCCGAAAAUGUCUAAGUCGGAGGUGAAGAAGGAGUCCGGAGAAUCCAGUCCGUCGGAGGCCGCCUGCUUCUGCUCGCCUUCGGCGGCCAAGACCCAGUGCGCCAGCUGCGGCAUGGAGAUCCACGACCGAUACCUGCUGAAGGUCAAUAACCUAAACUGGCAUUUGGGCUGUUUGGAGUGUUCGGUGUGCAGAGCGUCUCUGCGACAGCACAGCAGCUGCUACGUCAAGAACAAGGAGAUCUACUGCAAACUGGAUUAUUUCAGGUUCGGCACCAAGUGCGCCCAGUGCGGCCGCCAGGUGUUCGCCAGCGACUGGGUGCGCCGGGCCCGGGGCAGCGUGUACCACCUGGCCUGCUUCGCCUGCUUCUCCUGCAAGCGGCAGCUGUCGACGGGCGAGGAGUUCGGCCUGGUGGAGGGCCGGGUUCUGUGCCGCAGCCACUACGACAUCAUGGUGGACAACCUGCGCCGAGCCGCAGAAAACGGAACCGGUCUGACUCUAGAAGGAGCGCUGCCCUCAGACCAGGACUGUCAACCAAAACCAGCCAAGAGGGCGCGGACCUCGUUCACCGCGGAGCAGCUGCAGGUGAUGCAGACGCAGUUCGCUCAGGACAACAACCCUGACGCUCAGACGCUCCAGAAACUGGCAGAAGUGACGGGACUGAGCAGACGAGUCAUACAGGUUUGGUUCCAGAACUGCCGAGCCCGACACAAAAAGCAGCCGCCUCAGGGCAGCUUCCCUCAGAGCGCCCCCCUGUCCAGGAUGCCCCCAUCACUGCCCGAAGACAUCCACUACUCUCCGUUCAGCAGCCCGGACCGCCCACACCUCCUGGCCCUGCACGGAUACCUGGACACUCACCCCUUCUCUGUCCUCACCGCUCCGGCCCACUUGACCCACCCGUCCAUCUCACUGCCACAGCUUCCCAUCAGCCGCUGACCUCCGGCUUCUCCUCCACCUCCGCCGUCGCCGCGCUGAUGAUAUUGUGAUCCAAUAAAUCCUUUGGGACGCGCUGUCAGUAACUUGCUCUGGUCGGGAAUUUAAUCCUCGGAAGCAGAUUUUUUGGAUUUUUUGAUGUAAGUCUGCAGAGCUAAUCAGACUGUGAGGAAGGGACAAACUUGGGAGUUUUUUCAUUUUAUUUUGUUUUUCAUGACGCACAGACGACGACCACUUUUAUUGUAUUUUCCUUUUUGAAGGGACACAAACGUUACAUCAGGUCAGGAUGAUCUUUUCCUUCUGUUAGCUCACUUAUACAAAGUAUUUUACACAUACUGCUGCAAUACGUGGUUCUUAAGAAGGAGACAGUGUGCUGUAGCAGCAUUACAGAAAAACCUCAGCCUUUUUUAUUGUUUUGUAUUGAGCACAUUGCAGGUUGUUUGUUGUUUGUCAUUGUAUUGUUGUCAGAAAAUGGAAACACUUAUUUAUUCAGAACAAAACUUCACCUUAAAAAAGCACUUUUACAGUAAAUGUGUCUUGAAAUGAAAUACGUUUGUGAUUGUACAUUGUAAAUACUGCUAUGGUUUAAUAAAGGUAUCAGAUCUGUUAUGAAAAUAUUAA